AUAAGAAAAAGAAAGACAGAAAGAAAGAAAAGAAAAAUAGAGAAAGAAAAGAAAGAAAGAAAUUAGAAAAAGAGACAGAAACGAAAUAAGAAAGACAGAGAGAAAGAAACCAGAGAGAUGUGCAACCCAGAGUGAAAGCGGAACGAAAGUCUGGCUCACCUCGACUGCCGGAACUUCACAGUGUGACACCAGCGGUAAACAAUAAAGGUGCGAUUAGCGUUUAGCUUUAAAGAGGUGUGGAAUUAGCUUAAAGACGGUGUUGUAGUUUUUAAUUAGUAAUAAAGCAACAAUGUCUUCAGCUGAGUAUCUGAGAGAGUUUGUUAAUGAGAGACUAACUGCUGCUGCUCAAGAAAUAUUCGGAGUUUUUCAUAAAACUAUCGUCAAGUAUGAAGAAGAGAUCGACCGUCAGAGGAGGCUGUUGGAUGUCGUUUGGAAACCUGAAAUAAGGCUAAACAGGAUAGAGCUCCCACAGCAACAUGUGUGUAAGGAGGAGGAGGUUCUCUCUGAGCAGCAGCUCUGUAUUCAGGAGAGGAACUCCAGUGUGGACCAAGAGGAACCAGAGCCUCCACAGAUUAAAGAGGAAGAGGAGGAACUCUGCACCAGUCAGGAGGGAGAGCAGCUUGAACUGAAGCAGGAGACUGAUGCCUCCAUGUUGAAUCCUACUCAUGAGGAAAGAGACCACAGUGAAGAUCAGACUCUCAACUUCAGUCCUGAGGACACUUCAAGUGCAGCAGAGAAGGAGUUUGAGGUCAACACACCAGUUAUAAGCCCCGGGGUAUCAGAAGAGCACACCUAUCACCAGCUUAUCUCUCACAACUCUCCUGAAGCUGAGAGCCAACAUCAGAGAGGAGACAAACAUGGAGACUGUGGAUCAACUAGCAAUGCAGAACCAAAACCAAAGAAAAUAAAUCACAAAAGCAAAAGUCAGAAUCACACUGUAAAAGACUCAAACAUGUCAAAGAUACCCUGUAUUACUCAAACCAGUAAGUUAAUUUUCCAAUGUGACACUUGUUGGAAAAUCUUUAAGUCUAAGCAAGCUUUGCAGAGACACCAGAUGAUACACACAGGCGAGAAGCCGUACCUUUGCAACACCUGUGGGAAAAGAUUCAGUCGGUCAUACGAUUUAAGUUCUCAUUUACGAACCCACACGGGUGAGAAGCCAUAUUCUUGCAAAGUAUGUGGAAAAGAUUUCAGACGUAGUAGUGGCUUGACAGAACACAUGAGAAAGCACCACAGUGCAAAGCCAAAACCUGAUGACACAAAUAAGGAGUCUGUAGUGAACAUGCCAGUUAUAAGCUCUGUGGUAUCAGAGGCUAACAGUGACCAACAGCUCCUCUCUCACAACUCUCCUGAAGCUGAGAGCCAAGAUCAGAGAGAGAGAGACAAACACGGAGACUCGGGAGCAACUAGAAAUGCAGAACCAAAGCCAGAGAGAGCGCAUCAGGAAAGCAGAAGUCAAAGCAACAAUGAUAAUAACUCCAAUAUGUCAGAGAUUCCCGAUGAUGCAAACCCAUUUGAGACAGUUUUCCAAUGUGACAUUUGUGGAAAAACUUUCAAUUUCAAGUCUCAAUUGAAAACGCACCGGAGGAGCCACACGGGUGAGAAGCCGUAUUGUUGCAACACAUGUGGAAGAACCUUCGCAUAUAUGUGUCACCUGAAUGUGCACAUGAGAAGACACACAGGCGAGAAGCCGUUUCCUUGCAAAACAUGUGGAAGAACCUUCGGAUAUAAAGGUCACCUGAAUGUGCACAUGAGAAGACACACAGGCGAGAAGCCGUAUACAUGCAGAGUGUGUGGGAGAGCUUUCAGACACGGCGACGGCUUGACGGCCCACAUGAGAAGAGCACACACCGGUGAGAAGCCGUACCUUUGCAACACCUGUGGGAAAAGAUUCUGUCAGGCAACAGAACUGAAGGCUCAUACAAACGUCCACACUGAUGAGAAGCCAUUUUCUUGCAAAACAUGCGGAAAAGGUUUCGGGCGUAACUUUGACUUGAUGGUCCACAUGAGAACACACACGGGUGAGAGGCCGUACUCUUGCACAACAUGUGGAAAGGGUUUCAUCCGUAAAAAUGAGUUGAUGUACCACAUGAGAAUACACACAGGUGAGAAGCCGUACGUCUGCAGAACGUGUGGGAAAGAUUUCGGGCGUAGUGGCGCCUUGUUGUCCCACAUUAAAAUUCACACAGGUGAGAAGCCGUUCACUUGUGAAGUGUGUGGAAAAGAUUUCAGGCGUAAAAGUGACGUGACGGUCCACAUGAGAAUACACAAGAGGCCGAGUGUGAAGCCGUACCUCUGCAAGAUCUGCGGGAGAAGAUGCUUUAACGUGUCCGAGUUGGCAAAGCAUGUAACAUCGCAUGCAACCAAGUAGUCUUGAAUAUCAUCCAAAAUAUGUGGGAGGCGGUUCAGUUUGUGUUCUGUGAUAGUCCGGCGAUCUGUCCAGGGUGUACCCCGCCUCUCGUCCAGUGUCAGCCGGGAUACUCUCCAUCCUUCUGUGACUCCCAACAGGAGAAGUGGUUAAAGGCUUGUACAAAAACUCACAGAAGUGAACAGCCACUUAAUUGAAAAGUUUGACUCAAAUCAUGUUCUUGAAAAACACCCGAGGAUCAACAUACACAAGAGAAACCACUGGGCGAAAACUCUCCUGACGACAUAUUCACCAACUGAAUAAAAUAAACCUUUGCAACAGCUCUACUUCUGAAAGUCAAUGUAUAUUUUAAUUCCCUUUUGGAAGAGGUCACAAUAUAUUGAAAGAAGUAAAUUAACUCAUAUUUUUCCCUUUGUAUUAUUGUUAGCAUUACCGUAAAACUUCAGUUUAUAGCCCAGGUUAUUAUUUGCUUAUUUGCUGACCUCAGCAGGCCUAUAUUUGGGACAGGCCUUUAACUCCUGUCACACAAAACUGUUGCUCAUCAAAGAUGGGAUAUACAGUAUCAAUAUUAAUUGUAUAAAUUUUAGGCUUUGCAGAACAUAUCAGGUGACACAGUGGUGCAACGGUAAGCAUUGUCGCCUGCAUUGUCGGUGCUCCAGCUUCCUCCCACAGUCCAAAGACAUGCAGGUUAAGUGGUGACUCUAAAUUGUCCGUAGGUGUGAAUGUGAGUGUGAAUGGUUGUCUGUCUGAAUUACUGUCUUAUACUGUAGAUUUGUAAAAUGAUCUAAACGACUGAAUUGUGGAGAAUCUAACCAAGCUAACAACAUGUAGCAUCUCCAUAUUGACAAAAGUUCAAACAUUUAUAUUUGUAUGUGCAGUCGAAGCACCUAACUAACGUUAGCUUAAGCAGAUAGCCAACCACCUGCUUUAUACGUCCAGAGAACGUCUAUAAAAAUGAACUGCUUGACAACCAGACCUGGGGUCUCAAUUAUAAACACACACAAAACGAGGCCUGAAAGACGCGUACGCCACUUCCCGCGCAAAAGUUGUGAUUCAUAAAAACAGACUUAAUGGGAGAAACGUUGAAAUUGGCGACAUAGAUGGUAAGGUGGAAGCUUGAUUGUAGAUAUUGUCAGAGGCUUUUGUCCGUAGGGGAGACCGGGGUAAGAUGAGCCACUUUUCAUAUUCAGGAUCACUACAUCAAGGCUAUUAUAGUUUUGUAGCUAACUAAUAUAUGUGCAUAUAUUUCAGGAUGUUGUGCAUCCCUACAAACAAACAGAAUGAGUGUAAACAUAACUGUGUUGAUAAUAUAGCAUGUCCAAAAAAAGUGGUCUCGUGGCACAACUUACCCACGUACAUGUCUGUACUCAAUUCAAUAAGACGCUUUUUCAAAUUCAUGUGUAUUUUUAUUUAUAAUACACAAUUCAACAGGUACAAAUGUUUUUUUAAAUUAUUAUUGCAUAAAACAACUUCAAAACAUUUUAACAUAGGCCUGAGAAUGCCUUAAAGUACGUUUAGCAAGAGAACCUUAACAGCUGUGUUUUUGGAAAGAAAGCACUGAACUAAAUCUGUAAACGUGAAUCCUAGUUUGGUGUCCUUGCUGACAGGAGGGCCUCCUUCAUCCUCUCUAAACUCCUCCCUCCAUCUUACACACGUUCCAUC